CACUUGUGGAAUUGGCUUUUGAGAAAUGCUGGAAGUCCGGAAAUACUCAUCCCAUUGUUGCGGUGCUGGGGAAGUUGUAGGUGGAGUUGGUGCUAGUGCUGGUGGUGGAGUUGGGAAAAAGCCAUGGCUACUUGAAAGCUUGUUAAAUUAAUUAUUCUCCUUGAGAAGACCUUACUAACAAGAAUCAAAUCACCUUUCCAUGAUUAAGUCGAGACCACGCCCUCCUCUUCGGUAUCGGAGAUGCAAAAUCAUUUUGGGAAGAUCUGAACAUCGACUUAGGGGUGUUGUUGGAAUGGAUGAGAAAAUGAGAGGGAAGGAGGAAUAAACGGCAAAAACGAAGGGUGAAGUCAUGCUGAUCAGUGUAUAUGCAAUCUGGCGGGGUUGAAGGCAUUUUGCUACAGAAGAAAAAGAAAGGGAAUCAGCUAGAGACGGAAAAAAUGGUGCAGCUGGUUAUCUUUGAGGCAGAUCCAAUAGAUUCGGUGGCAAAUGACUCCAUUAAUGACAACAACAUUGAGAACUGCAACAAGGGUAUUGGAGUGAAGGAUAAAAUCAAAUGCCUAGAAGCUUUAUCGAGUCGAAUCAAAGAAUUGGAGGUUUUAGCAAAAGGGGAUGAGAUGAUGGUGCUGCGAAAGCUAGAAGAGAUGGAGCAGCGUGAUAGAGAAAGAAGAAAGAAGCACGGUCCGGUCGAUCCUUACUGCACUUUCCUAGCCAACCAUCCUUAUAAAUCCGGACACAGGUUUUCCCUGUGCAAAACAGGGGAUCGUGCAUGGAACAGAGGAAUUCACAACUUCGACAGCCGGUGUUCUGACGCAAUAUUCUACAAGGAUGACUUUUACACCAUGGAUUCAAAGGGACUCAUCUGGGUUAUUCGCCAGAAAGCAGUGUGAUUGAAUGUGCGUCCCGUCGAGUUGGGGUCCAUCCUCCGUCCCCUAUACCUGCUAUUACUUGGUGGAGACGGAGGGUGAUUUGUUAACAGUUGCGUCCAGUUUUCCCUAUGGUAGCUUUCUUUUUGUUUACAGAAUGGAUUGGGAGAAGAAAAAGUGGGUACGGGA